AUGGUGUGAGGUUGUGAUUGUGUGGUUGUGGUGUGUGAUGUUGGUGUGUGCUGGUGUGUUUGUGAUUUUGUGUGUUGUGAUGGUGUGUGAUGGUGUGUGUGUUGAUGUGUGGUGUGAUGGUUGUGUUAUGCUGUGUGAGGUUGUUGUGCUUUUUCUUGUUUGUUGUUUUGUGAUGUGUUUUUUUUUUCUUUUAUGUUUGGUGUGUUGUGAUUUUUGUGUUAUUUUUUGGGUUUUGUUUUUGUUUGUUGCUUUUUUUUUUUGUUUGUUUUAUUUGGUGUUGAUGUGUGUUUGUGUGGUGGUGUGUUGUGUGGUGUGUGCUGUGUGUGGUGUUUGGUGUGAUGGGUGUUGAUGUGUUGUGUGGUGUGUGCUUUUUUUGUGUUGUCCUUUCUGGUUUUGAUGGUGGUUGUGUGUGAUGGUGUUCUGUGUUAGGGUGUGUGCUGGGGUGUGUUGUGUGUGUGUGUCUGGUGUGUUGUUUGUGUGUCUGGGGGGUGUGUGUGUGAUGUUGUGUUGUGCUGGUGUUUGUGUGUGUUGUAUGUGUGUGUUUGGUUUGCUGUGGUUGAGGUGGUGCUGGUGUGUGCUGGUUGUGUGGUGUGUGGUGUGUGAUGGUGUGAUGGUGUGUGCUGGUGUGUGUUGUGUGUGUAGUGUGUGAUGUGUGAUGGUGUGUUGUGAUGGUUGUGUGUGGUGUGUGAUGUGUGUGUGCUGGUGUGUGCUGGUGUUGUUUGUGGUGUGUGUGGUGUGGUGCUGGUGUGUGAUGGUUUUGUGAUUGUGUGUUUGGUGUGUUGUUGAUGGUGUUGUGCUGGGUUGAUGUUUGUGUUGCUGUGUGUCUGUUGGUUGUUGGUGUGUAUUUGUUGCUGGGUGUGUGCUGAUGGUGUGUGUGUGUGUCUGUGCUGUUGUGAUGGUGUGUGAUUGUGUUCUGUGAUGGUGUGUAUUGUGGUUGUGUAUUGGUGUGGUGUGUAUGGUGUGCUGUGUUGUGUGGUGUUUCCGGUGUUUGUGGGUUUGAUUGUUUGGUGUGUGUGUGUGUGUUGGUGUGUGCUGUUGUUGCUGUGUGUGCUGGUGUGUGAUGUGUGUCUGUGUGUUGCUGGUUGUUGGUGUGUUGUUCUUGUGUUUUGUGGUUUUGUGUUGCUUGUGUGCUUGUUUCUUCUGUUGCUGGUUGUUUUGUUUCUUGUUGUGCGGUGUGUGCUGUGUUUUGUUCUUGCCUGGUGUGUGCUGGUUUGGUGGUGUGUGCUGUGUGUGCUGGUGUAUGGUGUGUCUGCUGUGUUCUGUUGUGCUUGUUUGUUCUUGUGUCCGGUUUCUUGUGUCUUACUGGUUUUUGGUGUGUCUGUGAUGUGUGUGAUGGCGUGUGAUGUGUGUGAUGUGUUGGUGUUACUGGUGUGUAUGUGUGUGAUGGUGUGUGAUGGUGUAUAUCUGUUUUUCCAGGCUUCUCCUGCUGUUCUACCUGGUGUUCUAUAUAUUCCUGGGUGGAAUGUUUGUCCUGACCAUGUACGUGAUGCUGCUAACACUGGACGACUAUAAACCUACCUACCAGGACCGCCUCGUUACCCCAGGUACACACACACACACACACACACACACCUACCAGGACCGCCUCGUUACCCCAGGUACACACACACACCUACCAGGACCGCCUCGUUACCCCCCGGUACACACACACACACACACACCACACACACACCUACCAGGACCGCCUCGUUACCCCAGGUACACACACACACACACACACACACACACACACACACACCUACCAGGACCUCCUCGUUACCCCAGGUACACACACACACCUACCAGGACCGCCUCGUUACCCCCAGGUUACACACCACACACCACAAAACACACCUACCAGGACCGCCUCGUUACCCCCAGGUACACACACACACACACACACACACACACACACACACCUACCAGGACCGCCUCGUUACCCCCAGGUACACACACACACACACACCUACCAGGACCGCCUCGGUUACCCCCAGGUACACACCACACACACACACACACACACACACACACACCUACCAGGACCGCCUCGUUACCCCAGGUACACACACACACCUACCAGGACCGCCUCGUUACCCCAGGUACACACAAACACACACACACACCUACCAGGACCGCCAUCGUUACCCCAGGUACACACACACAACACACACACCACACACCACACCUAUCAGGACCGCCUCGUUACCCCAGGUACACACACACAACACACACCCUACCAGGACCGCCUCGUUACCCCAUGUCCACACACACACACCACACACACACAACACACACACACACCACACACACACAACCACACACCUACCAGAGGGGACCGCCUCGUUCCCCAAGUUACACACACACACACACACACACAACCACACACACACCACACACACACACACACCCACACACCUACCAGGACCGCCUCGUUACCCCAGGUACACACACACACACACACACACACACACACACACACACCUACCAGGACCGCCUCGUUACCACCCCCAGUACACCACACACACACACCACAACACACACACCUACCAGGACCGCCUCGUUACCCCAGACACACACACACACACACACCACACACACACACACACACACACCUACCAGGAUCACAUUGUUACCCCAGGUACACCACACACCUACCAGGACCACCUCGUUACCCCAGGUACACCACACACCUACCAGGACCACCUCGUUACCCCAGGUACACCACACACCUACCAGGACCACCUUGUACUUUCUACAACACCCUAACCUCUAACCCCUAACCUCUAACCCUCUCUGUUGUGCUGCAGGUAUGAUGAUUCGUCCACGGGGCGAGGCCAUGGAGAUUCUCUACAACACCAAGGACACAGAGAGCUGGGACAUCUACGCCCAGACACUGGACAACUUCCUCGGACGUAAGACGUGUGUAUGUGUCUGAGUGUGUGCUUUAAAGCCAUUUACCGGCCUAUAAUGACAGAGGUUAUGACUGUGUGUGUGUGUGUGUGUGUGUGUGUGUGCAUGUGUGUGUGUGUGUGUGUGUGUGCGUAUAGCCUACAACAACUCCCUGCAGGUCCAGAACAACGAUGAGUGUCCCCCUGAUAAUUACUUCAUCCAGGAGGACAGUGGAGAGGUGAGGAACAACUAACCUCUAACCCCUGACCUCUAACCCCUAACCUCUAACCCCUGACCUCUAACCCCUGACCUCUAACCCCUAACCUCUAACCCCUAACCUCUAACCCCUAACCUCUAACCCCUAAUCUCUAACCCCUAACCUCUAACCCCUGACCUCUAACCCUGGACCUCUAACCCCAAACCUCUAACCCCUGACCUCUAACCCCUGACCUCUAACCCCUAACCUCUAACCCCUGACUUCUAACCCCGGACCUCUAACCCCUGACCUCUAACCCCUAACCUCUAACCCCUGACUUCUAACCCCUGACCUCUAACCCCGGACCUCUAACCCCUGACCUCUAACCCCUGACCUCUAACCCCGGACCUCUAACCCCUAACCUCUAACCCCUAACCUCUAACCCCUAACCUCUAACCCCUGACUUCUAACCCCUGACCUCUAACCCCGGACCUCUAACCCCUAACCUCUAACCCCUGACCUCUAACCCCUGACCUCUAACCCCUAACCUCUAACCCCUGACCUCUAACCCCGGACCUCUAACCCCGGACCUCUAAACCCUAACCUCUAACCCCUAACCCCUAACCUCUAACCCCUAACCUAACCCGACCUCUAACCCCUGACCUCUAACCCCUGACCUCUAACCCCUAACCUCUAACCCCUGACUUCUAACCCCUAACCUCUAACCCCUGACUUCUAACCCCUGACCUCUAACCCCUGACCUCUAACCCCUAACCUCUAACCCCUAACCUCUAACCCCUGACCUCUAACCCCUAACCUCUAACCCCUGACCUCUAACCCCUAACCUCUAACCCCUAACCUCUAACCCCUAACCUCUAACCCCUGACCUCUAACCCCUAACCUCUAACCCUAACCUCUAACCCCUGACCUCUAACCCCUAACCUCUAACCCCUGACCUCUAAACCCUAACCUCUAACCCCUAACCUCUAACCCCUAACCUCUAACCCCUGACCUCUAACCCCUGACCUCUAACCCCUAACCUCUAACCCCUGACUUCUAACCCCUGACCUCUAACCCCUGACCUCUAACCCCUAACCUCUAACCCCUAACCUCUAACCCCUACCUCUAACCCCUAACCAACCCCCUCUAACCCCUAACCUCUAACCCCUAACCUCUAACCCCUAACCUCUAACCCCUGACCUCUAACCCCUAACCUCUAACCCUAACCUCUAACCCCUGACCUCUAACCCCUAACCCCUAACCCCUAACCUCUAACCCCGGACCUCUAACCCCUAACCUCUAACCCCUGACCUCGAAACCCUGACCUCGAAACCCUAACCUCUAACCCCUAACCUCUAACCCCUAACCUCUAACCCCUAACCUCUAACCCCUAACCUCUAACCUCUAACCUCUAACCCCUGACCUCCAACCCCUAACCUCUAACCCCUAAUCUCUAACCCCUAACCUCUAACCUAAGGAACUUGGUUCAGAAUGUUUUAUAGCUGACAAUAGCUGAAGGAUACCUUUUUCAUCAGCACUUUAUGUUUGAAUCUUCCAGCUAGCUAGGAACAGGGCUCGAUUCACCCAACCACCGUAAACCUAACCACCCUAACCACUAUAACCCUAACCACCUUAACCACUAUAACCCUAACCACUAUAACCCUAACCACCUUAACCACUAUAACCCUAACCACUAUAACCACCCUAACCACUAUAACCCUAACCACCUUAACCACUAUAACCCUAACCACUAUAACCACCCUAACCACUAUAACCCUAACCACUAUAACCACCCUAACCACUAUAACCCUAACCACUAUAACCCUAACCACUAUAACCAACCCUAACAACUAUAACCCUAACCACCCUAACCACUAUAACCCUAACCACCUUAACCACUAUAACCCUAACCACUAUAACCACCCUAACCACUAUAACCCUAACCACCUUAACCACUAUAACCCUAACCACUAUAACCACCCUAACCACUAUAACCCUAACCACUAUAACCACCUUAACCACCCUAACCACCCUAACCAUCCUAACCACUAUAACCACCCUAACCACUAUAACCCUAACCACCCUAACCACUAUAACCACCCUAACCACUAUAACCACCCUAACCACUAUAACCCUAACCACUAUAACCACCUUAACCACCCUAACCACCCUAACCAUCCUAACCACUAUAACCCUAACCACCCUAACCACCCUAACCACUAUAACCACCCUAACCACUAUAACCACCCUAACCACUAUAACCACCCUAACCACCCUAACCACCCUAACCACCCUAACCUUAACAAUCAUAACCACUAUAACCCUAACCACCCUAACCACUAUAACCCUAACCACUAUAACCCUAACCACCCUAACCACUAUAACCCUAACCACCCUAACCACCCUAACCACUAUAACCCUAACCACUAUAACCACCCUAACCACUAUAAGCACCCUAACCACCCUAACCACCCUAACCAUCCUAACCACUAUAACCCUAACCACCCUAACCACCCUAACCACUAUAACCCUAACCACCCUAACCACCCUAACCACCCUAACCAUCCUAACCACUAUAACCCUAACCACCCUAACCACCCUAACCACCCUAACCACUAUAACCCUAACCACCCUUACCACCCUAACCAUCCUAACCACUAUAACCUUAACCACCCUUACCACUAUAACCCUAACCACCCUAACCACCCUAACCACCCUAACCACCCUAACCACUAUAACCCUAACCACCCUAACCACUAUAACCCUAACCACCCUAACCACCCUAACCACUAUAACCCUAACCACCCUUACCACUAUAACCCUAACCACCCUAACCAUCCUAACCACUAUAACCCUAACCACCCUAACCACACUAACCACUAUAACCCUAACCACCCUAACCACCCUAACCACUAUAACCAUCCUAACCACUAUAACCCUAACCACCCUAACCACACUAACCACUAUAACCCUAACCACCCUAACCACUCUAACCACUAUAACCCUAACCACCCUAACCACUAUAACCCUAACCACCCUAACCACUAUAACCCUAACCACUAUAACCCUAACCACCUUAACCACUAUAACCCUAACCACACUAACCACCCUAACCACUAUAACCCUACCACCCUAACCACCCUAACCACCCUAACCACUAUAACCCUAACCACUAUAACCACUAUAACCCUAACCACUAUAACCACUAUAACCCUAACCACUAUAACCACUAUAACCCUAACCACUAUAACCCUAACCACUAUAACCACCCUAACCACUAUAACCACUAUAACCCUAACCACUAUAACCACUAUAACCCUAACCACCCUAACCACUAUAACCCUAACCACCCUAACCACCCUAACCACUAUAACCCUAACCACUAUAACCACCCUAACCACUAUAACCCUAACCACUAUAACCACUAUAACCCUAACCACUAUAACCACUAUAACCCUAACCACUAUAACCCUAACCACUAUAACCACCCUAACCACUAUAACCACCCUAACCACUAUAACCCUAACCACUAUAACCCUAACCACUAUAACGCUAACCACCCUAACCAACCAAACCACUAUAACACUAACCACCCUAACCAUCCUAACCACUAUAACCCUAACCACCCUAACCACUAUAACCCUAACCACCCUAACCACUAUAACCCUAACCACCCUAACCACCCUAACCACUAUAACCCUAACCACCCUAACCACUAUAACCAUAACCACUAUAACCACUAUAACCCUAACCACUAUAACCCUAACCACUAUAACCCUAACCACCCUAACCACCCUAACCACUAUAACCGCGAACCACCCUAACCAUCCUCAACCCACUAUAACCCUAACCACCCUAAACCAACCCUAACCACUAUAAACCCUAACCCAAACCCCUAACCACUAUCAACCCUAACCACCCUAACCAACCAACCACUAUAACCCCUAACCCACUAUAACCACUCUAGAAAACCACCCGAACCACUAUAACCACUAUAACCCUAACCACGACUAACCCUAACCCACUAUAACCCACCCUAACCACCCUAACCACUUAAUAACCACCCUAACCACUAUAACCCUAACCACCCUAACCACCCUAACCACUAUAACCCUAACCACCCUAACCACCCUAACCACUAUAACCCUAACCACCCUAACCCUAACCCCCUUAACUACCCUAAUAACCCUCACCCUAACCACCCUAACCCUAAUCCCCUAACGCUAAACACCCUAACCACCCUAACCAUAACCCCCUACCCCCUAACCCUAACCCUAACCACCCUAACCCUAACCCUUGAAUCUGUAGUUUCCCUGGGGAUAUAGAGGAGGCCACAAGAAUUAUCUUCUCAGCCUUAAGGUCCAGGGGCUACUCCAGGAGGUUCCUGAGAGGUUAAGGCUGAGGUCAAUCAGACCCAGGGGCUACUCCAGGUGGUUCCUGAGAGAGGUUAAGGCUGAGGUCAAUCAGGUCCAGGGGCUACUCCAGGAGGUUCCUGAGAGGUUAAGGCUGAGGUCAAUCAGGCCCAGGGGCUACUCCAGGUGGUUCCUGAGAGGUUAA